GCGUGGUGAGGGUGGCGUGGCGAGGGGGUUGCGUGUGUGUCUCCCAGGAGAGUCCCAGAACCCGCGACCAUGGCCUCUCUGCUCGCCAAGGACUCCUACCUGCAGGGCCUGGCCAGGAAAAUCUGCUCCCAGCCCAGCCCGGAGCCGCAGAAACGCAAGUCCGCCAACAAAACUCGAGGCUCAGAGGCUUCUGGGCCCCCAAAAAAGAAGAGGAAGAAAGCGCAGAAGAAAUCCUGGGAGAGGGAGGAGAAGGCUGUGGAGCCAAAAGCCCGACCCCUAGGGGAGAAGUCUCCAGAAGCUUCCAAGGCCGGAAACCCAGCAGCAGCCACGGAGGAAGAGGCCUUCACCUCCACAGGAUCUCCUGCAGACGUCGAGGUCACAGAGCCCGAGUCUUUGUUUGCCCUGGAUGUUCUGCGUCAGCGGCUACGUGAGAAAAUACAGGAGGUCCGGGGCCAGGGCAGCACCUCGGAGCCGUCUCCCGCGGCUCUGGAGAAAAGACGCCGGAGGAAGCAGGAGCGGGACCGCAAGAAGAGGAAGCGGAAGGAACUGAGGGCGAAGGAGACGGUGGCGAAGGCCACGGAGGCUGUCGAGCCGCCCCGCGAGGCACCCCGCGAGCCACCCCGAGAGGAGGCACGGCUGGGGCUGCUCUUCAACAAGGUGGAGGUGAGCGCGGGGGAGCCGGCCGGCAAGGCCCAGCGCCGGAAGGAGAAGAGGCAGAAGCUGAAGGGGAAGCUGACGCCGCUGACGGGGAAGAACUACCGGCAGCUGCUGGAGCGCCUGCGGGCACGGCGGGGUCGGCUGGCCGAGCUGCGGAGCCGGGACGAGGCGAAGGCGCGGGAGCUGGAGACCAAGACGCGGUGGACCAACCUGCUGUACAAGGCCGAGGGCGUGCGGAUCCGGGACGACGAGCGCCUGCUGCAGGAGGCCCUGAAGCGCAAGGAGAAGCGGCGGGCGCAGCGGAAGCGCAGGUGGGAGAAACGCACGGCCCGCGUGGUCGAGAAAAUGCAGCAGCGGCAGGACAAGCGGCGACAGAAUCUGCGCAAGAAGAAGGCGGCCCGGGCCGAGCGGCGUCUGGACAGGGCUCGCAGGAAGGGCCGCAUCCUGCCCCAGGACCUGGAGCGGGCUGGCCUGGCGUGAGGACCCAGGCCGCGUCCCUGACCGGGGGCUGGGGUGACGCCGGGCGGGGCUCGGUCGGCGCUGUCUGGGCCCCUGGGCACGCGGGCUCCGUGGGCUCAGCCCGCGUGUGGAAGGGACGGUGUCCGGAACGGAGGUCCACGUCUUUUGGACCCCCGGUAAGGAGUGCCCGGGUCCGGGUUCCCGCCUUCUCUUGGGAGGCCAGACAGCUCCCUGGAAGUGUGCAGGGUGGGGGUGCAGGGGGGCACCUCCCUGGCCCCUUCUUCUCCUCCCAGUUUACACGAGCAGGGCGGGAAUGGCCUUUGGGACUGCCCGUGUCCGUGCGGAACUCGCCUGGAAGGGAGGGAUCUCCGUAGACCGAGCCAGAGGUGGAGCCUCCGGUGAGGGCGAGCUGACCUCGGUGUGGCCGGAAGGGAGUUAUCUGGGGUUUAUUUGUAGGAGGAACAAAAGGUAGCGCUUAGGUGAACACACGUUCAAAGUCUCAGGGUGCCUGCUAGAUCUGCACGGUGCGUACUAGGCUGGAAAGAAAGGGGGAGACAAAGGAAAAACCGAAGCUCAGACUCAGCGAGGGAAACGAAAGGUGCCCAGUACGGCGGCGGGACUCCACGCAGACCUGCAGGGGGGCAGAAGGGGCGCAGACGUGCAAAACCCCGGGGGCGGGGGGGGGGCUCACGGCACAUAGAUUCUGUUUGGGUAAAGCUGUCAAUAGAAUCGUUUUGACUCGGGUUCGCUAAAGAAACAGAUUGCAGAAGGCCACCUUGGUUGCUAAUGACUGAGCUAAGCGUCCAACUCCUGAUUUCGGCUCAGGUUGUGUCUCCUGGUUCAUGAGUU